AGAGUCUUCUCCCUCUCACCCAAUGAUGACGUCUUGCGGUGUGAGCAUUUAUGUUUGGACGGCGUCUCGAACGGACAACGUUAGUGUGACCCACAUGUGCACCGUUGCGAAAAACCAGUCACGAUGCACGUGCGAGACUUUGACCCAGAUCUCACGAUCGAAAGUCCUGGUGUUGACGGGGCAUGAAAAAUCUUUUCACGUUGUACGGGGUAUAUAAGAGGCGGGAGCGCGGGUGAAUAUGGGGCACCCAUCAACUUCAGAUCAUCAAGUCCACUGCAUACACACACUACACUACAAUCACACAUCACGAACCAAGUCCUCAAACUUUCGCAAACAAUCUCAAUCUCAACUACCUCACACCACCAAACACCAAAACCUCAAAAUGAGCAUCACGGACUACCACCCACGCAUUCUCUCCCUCGCCAGUGGCGGCUCUUCCAUCAUCUCCACACCAACUCACCAGUCUCGCCGCGAGUCUCACGAGUCUGCAUACGACGCACAUCAUUUCACGUCGCAGCAGCAACUGAAGACAGAGAACACACUAAACCAGUCCAUCAAGAAGAUGUGGAAGGAAAUCAAGCACGCGGCUGCUGAGCACCACAAGAGUGUAAACGCGGCCUACCAGGCGAGUUACGGCGCGGGUAUCAGGGUGCCUUCUACAGUGUCAAAUUAGGAUUUGAAGCGUAUACUGUGCUUGAAUCUUGGGAUAGGAUGAUGGCGAUGGGAUGUGGAAUAAAAUGCGGAGAGGGGACGUUCACUGUCUUUGAGGAGGAGAAGAGAAAGAGGAGGAACUAAAAGUGCUUUUUUAAUUACUUCAGCAUUAUACCCCGAGCGCUUUACGCCGAGGAGGAGCGGCCAGUGGCUCUGAACACUGUUAAUAUCUAAUCGAGACAAUACUUGUCACGCACCGCG